CAAGUCACAGUUGGAGAUAAAAUACUUCAAAUCCUUUCAUAGUUAUCCUUAAUUUUAUCACUAACUCAAACCCUUUUAUCCCAACAAACCAAAUUACAAGAGUCCUACGCCGCUGCGCUUCAAUCUAUCUUUGUUUGUUGGUUAAUAAUUCCACAGAGCAGCAACGUCCGAGAAGAAGUCUUCUUGAAGCAGCAAUGCGGGAAAGGCAGCCGAAUCUCGUGCCGUCUGUUACUGAUAAAGAGGAGGAGGAGGAGCCGGCUCCUGAUGGAGCUCUUCAUGGCGUGGAAGACGAAGCAAACCCGCCACCUUUAAGAGAUCAUGGACGACUGCUCAACUGGGCCAGAAACAUUCUCCUCAACCAUGGCGGCGCCGCCGCCGUUGAACUCAUCGACCGUCACUACGACUACUUUGAUCUGCUCCCGCCGGGGAACAAGUUCUUCCCCUCUGAUUCCGAGCUCAUCGUCUAUUACUUGAAGAGGAAGGUGAUGAACCUGCCCUUGCCCCCCCACAGGAUAUGGAGCGUCGAGCUUUACAAUCACGAUCCCUAUUAUCUUUCUGAGAGGUACAAACGGUGGGGGCUGAAGGAUUGGUACUUCUUCACGCCGAGGGAGAGGAAGUACCCUAAUGGGGAUCGUCCGAGACGAACCACAGGGAACGGGUACUGGAAGGCGACAGGAUCUGACAAGGCAAUCAAAUGGGGACGCUCCAUUAUUGGGUUCAGGAAAACUUUGGUUUUCUACGUGGGGAAUCCACCGAAUGGGAGCAAGACCGAUUGGAUCAUGCACGAGUUCCGAGUCAAUUCUCCUCCCCGGGCGAGGACCCACCAACACGACAUGACACUGGAUGAUUGGGUGUUGUGUAGGAUAUAUAAGAAACCUACGAAAAAAAGCCGACCUGCAAAACGACAACGACUCGGAGAAGAAAAAGAUGGCGAUGGUGACGGUGAUGGGGAUGGCAAUGGCAAUGCUGCUGUUUAUCCUCCUCUUCCCUAUCUUCCUCUUGAUUUUCCUCAAAAUGCUCCUAAUUAUCUCAUAACAGACGAUGCUGAUGCUGAUGCCACUGCCGACGCCGGUGCGACUCAACCCACUACUUUCCCGGGUAGCCAGAAUUUCGGCUCAAUUGACGACAAUUUGAGCAUCAACAAUUUGGAAGGGCAUGGACAGGAAACUCAGCCGAAUGGGUCGCGGGAAUUUCUGUUUGGCGGCGAGGAAAAUCUACUUGACAGCUUUGGGUUAUCGUCGGAAUUCGAUUUCUCCUACCAUAGUGACGUAGAGGACUUGGAUGACAUUUUAUCUAAAAAGAAAUGAUCUGCAUCUCUCCCUGUCCCCCUGCCCAGGAACCAGCCCUUUCAUUGGUACCAUGUAACAUGAAUUUGACGCUGCGUUUAUUUAGUUUGGUUUAAGUUUAGUUAGUUAGUUAGUUAAUUAGCCGGCUAUAUAACAAGAAUUUGACGCUGCAUAUAUUUAGUUUGGUUUUAGUUUAGUUUAGUGAGUUAGCCGGCUAUAUAUAUAUAUAUAUAUGGUUGUUCUUUGCCCUCUAUUGGUUGAUGAAUAUGGAACUCUCGGAUAAGUUUUGAGUAGAGGUGUGCUGGAAUGUCUUCCUUCGUUUUUAGUUCUUGAGUUGGAUCGCAAUAACUAGUCUAAUGGGAUCUUUCAGAGGAAAUUAAGUUUAGUUAAGGUUUAACGUACUCCUUUGAUAGCUUCUGCUCCCUAAUCCCUGAUUUAUUGUGGUGUCCUUUAUUAGGCUAUGAUUAGUGAUAUUGACCGAAAGUUUAGGGCUUUAGUUUCAGCAAGGUCCAUUGGUUCUUGUAUGAGGCUUGGUAGGUUGACAAAGGUGUUUUGUGUAUUUGAGGGGGCCUGAUUCUUAGUGCCAUGUCGUCUUUCGUCUUAUUCGUACCACGCUUCUAUUUUAUUAUAGACACACAAACUUGUCAUUAUUUCUCCUGUAGGAGCUUAGGUUUUUCAUGUGUACUUAUGGUAUAUAAAUUAUUAUGCCUAUUUAGUAUACGCGUUAUGACUUAUGUCUCAUAUAUAUAUAUUUUGAAGAUGAUAGGUAGGUAUGAAGAGGGGAAAAAGAUCUCAAUUGGAUGCAGAUAGGUCAUGAGAUAGGGCUCUUGUUCUAUAGUCAAUUUGCUUAUAUGUUUAUUGUAUUUUUAUGUUGUUGGCACUAUGUUAGACUAGAGGCUCAUUAGCAUAAUAGCAUACUGAGAGGCCAGGUGUAUGCCAUGGUUGUUUCCAGAUCCUACAGAUUUAUUUAACUUAAUAAUUUUGCAUCCCCGAUCCAUUAUCACCCUUAUAAUGUUGGGGUUUGAUUUGAUUUUGUUGUGUGGUGGUUUGUAACUUCGAAGGAAUUAGGAAUGUAUAUUUAUGGCCCUGAAUCAAUCAAAGACAUAACUCACAAAAGGGAGUUAGCAAUAGAAAGAUCGAGGUAUAUAAAUAUACAGAAUAUGAACUCGAGAGUUCAGUGAAAGCUGAGAAUCGUCUCCAAAAAGUGCAAAAGCCAGGAAGAUAAGCUUAUGCGUGGCAAAAUCCCAUUUGCCCGAAGCAGCGUUUGGGGAUAAGGAAAUGGAUAUACCAGUUGCCACAAGCUGCAGCAAUAUUCCCCCCCCCCCUUGCCACGUGCACUAUGUUAACAUGAUACUAAUACCCGAACUCAGCCAAUCCCAUAAUAUAUUUGUGUGUAAAGUUAAAGAAAGCAAAAGCAGUGUUCAGGUUCAGGGAAUGGCUUCCAUAACGAUGGCAGCCUCACUCCUCGGCAGCUCGGCGGGGGUGGUCAUCUCCAAACAGCCAUCGACCACCGGGUGCCGUGGGGGAGUUACAGUGGCCAAGGCAUCAGAGGUGAGUACUGCUCAACGAGUGAGUUUGAAAGAGAAGGAGAAGGUGGAAGCUGCCGCUGCCGGCAGCAGCUGCAGCGGGCGGAGGAAGAUGGUGUUUAUGGCGGCAGUGGCAGCGUGCACCGUGGCCAGAGAUGCAAUGGCCGAUGAGCCAAAGGCAGACCCCUGAAGCUAAGAAGAAGUAUGCACCAAUCUGUGUCACAAUGCCAACUGCCCGUAUCUGCCACAAGUGAAGUGAGAGCAUGGAAUGAAUAGUAUUGUCAUUCCAGUGCUUCGAGGGCUUGCUGGUCUGUGACCAAAAUGUACAACUUUUACAACAUAUUCCUAUUAUAAUAUUUGUGUUUUCCGA